AUGCUGGUUCGUAAUAUAACCACACAUGGUCUAGAUGUGGCUGUUGUCCGACUUCUCGCCUCUCAACUACUCAACCCGUCCGAAUUGGACCCAACACUGACCGGAAAGGCGCAAGGCUCUGUCGCUUCUGCGCUGUGUCUCGCCCUAUUCCACAUGGUUCCCUUGCUCCUACACUGGCCACGCGAAUCACGUCCCAGUCACUGGAUUAUUGAACUGCGUUUAUUGGAACUGAUUGCAAUCGCUUGUCUCGAACUGGGUGAUCUGAUGUUUCCGACAGCUACCGAAUUGAUCGAUUCGAACGAGGCGCAUCGCACCAGUAGUCAGUCGCGCAAUCAGUCGCCCAGAAAGGUGAGAUUUCGUACCACAUUCACACUCAAUUGCUAUACCCUUUUGUCUUUGAUUGCAUAA